CCCAACACUCAAGUGCUGACUGCUCUCUCGUCUCAGUGCCGUUGCUUGACUCCACAACUUGUCUGGGGGAAAGCCAAUGUGUACACAGGACUGUUGACUUUCCGUGCCUUGAUGAUUUUGACCAUUUGGGUAUCCAAAGUGAGUAAGCACGUUUCAGCUUUUUAGACUUCGAAGAAUUCCGUCGUUUGGCCCAUCUCGACUAUUUUUUUCUCGGUUCCUUGUCGUGAUCGAGUCCGAUCGGUAUUUGGAAUGCUAACGAAUUGUGGGUAGUUACAACGUUCUGAAUGACCAACUACUUCUGGCUCGUAUGGUAUCGUGCUCGAAGUUCCGCAGGUCCCAAACAUUGGUCGCUCUUUAUGACUUACGAUACCGACGAACAAGCAAUCGGAACUAUUUACCAGGCGGAGGGUAAUGGAUGGGGAAAUGGACAAUUCACAACAAGUAUCAUCCGUGGGGUGCAACUGAAGGGUCAACGCGGCGCUCAAUCAUAUGAAUCCCGACUUUAUCUCGGAGAGAUACAUGAUGGGUUUACCGGAAUGAUGAAGGAGUACUGCGAUGCAGCCACAGACUUGAUCAACGAGCACAACGCUGAACGUGUCGUCGGCGACUCCAACUGCCACGAUUGGUGUCUCGUGGUGAUCAAAAGCUUGGAGGACGCGCGAUGUCUUCCACCAGGGACUCACGCCAAAGCCUGCAUGUGUCCGAGAGGCCGUUAAUUAGGCUGCUGGAUGGGUUUCCUUCAUAUUUGGGUGAUAACUGCGUUUUGUGAUGGGUUUCGGAUGAGGACACUUUUGAUAUAGGGUUCAUAGCGCAUACCAUAGGAUCCCGCUCCGAACCAUGGGGAGUGUAAUUAGCAUAAUUUAUACCGUUGUUUAUGAAAGGUC